CAUAUUCUAAAGAUCAGCCGCAUAUACAUAUAUAUACCAUUCACUCCGUACUUUAAUAAUAAUAUCCAACUUUUAUGAUAUCCAUAUAUUUUUUAAGGAAUAAAUAAUAUUCAAAGACAGUGAUUAUUAAACACGGCAAUUAUUAAAUUUCAUCAUUAGGAUAAAUCAUGCGUUUCUUCGUGUGUUUUGCUAUAUUUAAACAACCAUGAUUUCAGCAAAUUUUCUUGGCAUUUUAACUUCUCGUCUAACUCGACAGGUAAGACUAGCACCGAAUCGAGAUAGAAAUUUUGAAAGAUAUGCAUUAUCGGACGUCGACAUAUUAAGCCCAAAAGUGGCUAAAACAUAAACCAUUCGUUUUCAUUUUAAUACGGAUACGGCUAUCAAAAAUUUUUCAAUUGUACCAAAGAAUACUCCUACAGAGAGCUGAGUAAACGGAUGUAAACAAACCUCGCCGCUGACUUCUCACAGCAUAUCCGUGACGUACUAUUUGAUCGUUAGCGCAAGUCCAGUUAUGUGGUAAACUUGUCUAACGACCAUAUGGUUUGCUUUCUGAAUUGCUAAUAAUCUAGACAUGUAAAUACAUGAGUAUAUUUUAAUUUUACUGGAGCGUGUGUUUCAUACUUUUGUUUUUGUAUCAUUGAAAAGUUCAGAAGCUAUCAAAAUGGAAGAUAUUUUAGCAAAAAUUAUGAAGGAUGCUUCUACAACAAAACAUCCUUAUGUUAAACAGUCAUGUUUAGAAUCACAAGAAUUGUUAGCAAAUCAGCAUAGUUUGAUGCGGUCUCCACCAUAUGAAGUAAGAUCUAAAUGCUUAGACACCCUUCGCCUGGCUUUGGAAUCAAAACAUUCAAAACUCAUGAAUCAUGCAUUAAAUGGCUUCCAGCGAAUGAUAUGGGAUAAAAGUUUUCAGUCAGUAUUUGAGAGUGAUAAUGAAGAAAACUGGCUUCCUAUACAGCUAAUGAGAUCAGUAGCAUCACUUCAUACGCAUUCUGAUGAUAUUCAAAUGGAGAUAUUAAAAAUAUUACUAAAUAUGACUAGCACUCAUGGACAGAAUUUAACAUCUCAUUCAAUAAUCAUGUUAAUAACUUUAUGCUUGGAAGCAUACGGCACUAACACAGCUGGUGUACGAACAGCUGCCCAGGCAACCAUAAAUCAAACUUUGACAUCAUUUUGCAUUAUGUUACAAGAGACAGAUGGAAGCAUUGAGGAUCAAGUUGAUGAUUCUGAUGGAGAAAAUGGAUUUAACUUGCUUGAAAGUGUUACAGAAGAGUUAUAUCCAGUAUUGCAUUUUACUUGUGAAAAAUUGAAAGAUAUAAAUUGCACCAGAGGGAAAAUUGGUGCUGCUUUGUUAUUGCAGUGCAUCUUGUCAGUGCUAAAAAAUAUCAGAAUUGAUAUUUAUCAUAGCUCAGAUUUUGUUAAUUUUUUAUGGCAAGAGUUAUGUCCUUUACUUGUUGCUCUUUUGGGCUCUCCAAAAACAGAUAAGAAUAUUGUUUCAUCCCAGAAAAGUAUUGAAGGAAAUGAAAUUGGUAGAGGUUCUGGUGUUUUAGCUGCUGCACCUUCAUGUCAAAGUAUGGAGGCGAAGACAAUUUAUAGCAUUGCAAUUGAACUUGUUCGGCUAAUUGGCAGUGUGGGAUCUUUGCGGCCAGUUUUGGAAUCUCUUUUUCACCGAAUGCUUUUAUAUCCACCAGUCCAACACAGACUUGAGGCAUUAAAAGCUGUGAAAGAGUUAUUUUCAAAGCCAGAAUUAAUCCUUCAAUUAGCUGCUCCACCAUUAUAUGCCACAAGUGACAAAGAUUGGAUAUCCUUGGAUUUGGAUCUCAUUAAAAUUGCCAUUGACUCUCUUGGGGAAUGCUGCCAUAGUAGUGACAAUAGUGUAGUUUAUGCAAGUGUUAGUUGUGUUUUGGCUCUUCUGAAAAGUUUGGAAGAAAUCUGUUGUGGUGAUCAUAUGAAGGACGACUUGAUCACUUGCAUUAAUUCUCAGUUUAGAACUUUGGAGAGUUCUGAUUAUAAAGGGGCUAAAUCUGAGCGGUGGUUGAAAACUAAACUACGAUCUUUAAUUGUUGCAAAAGAAAAGCAGGAAAAUCAUGCUAAGAUAGACAGAACAUGUGUUUCAGCUUCUGCAGAAAAAUCAGAUGAAUCUGUUUUGCAAUCUGUAUGUUCUACAGAAAAAACAUCUGUUUCACCUUCUUCCGAGAACUCUGAUGAACCCAUUUCUGCAUAUCCUGCUGAAGAAUCAGAACCAGUUCUGCUUUCUACAGAAAAGUCUGAUCAACCUAAUGAGAACAACCAUUGUGUAGAAAAUACUUGUAAUCAUGAAAAUAUUGAAUCUGAAAUACCUAAGUCAAUAGAUAAUAAUAUUAUAAAAGAACAAAUUGAGAACUCUUAUUCUGUUGAUAGUACCAUUGAAGAGCAUCGUUCAGAUAAUUUCUCAGUCAUUUACUCUCAAAAUGAAAAAGUGAAAGAAUCUGAAAGAGCAUCCGAGAAUAUGCUUGAAGCUGGUGAUAAGCAAGCAGAUUUAUCUUCCAAUCCAUGCCAGGACAAUAUUUCUGUCUCUAACAUUUCUAAGAAGGAUGAUAAUAUCUGUAAUUUAACAUCUGAACCAGCCUUAAAUCUUCCUAUAGAAGAAAAUCCAUACCUAUUUAAUGAACCGAAAGUACAAGAUAUUGUUUCUCCUGUAACAGAAAGUGCAGAAGAUGCUCUUAAUUAUAUAUCUUCAAGUUCAAGUGAUAUCUUAAGUGAAGAAUUUGAUAAAAAUUCUGUUGAUGUAGAUGAUGAUCCAGAAGAAACAGAUCGCCUGAAAAAAAUACCCCGUACUUUAUUAGGUCAGGAAGAUGCUGGAAAAGAAGAACGAGAAAGAAUAGAAAAAUUAUGUUUAGCUAGGCUUGAAUUUGCACAGCAAGAACGACAAAAUGCUAGACAUUUUGUUCAAGUGCUUCAAUCCUUCCUUCCUGAUCUUCUCGCUAUGCGUAGUUCCAUUGAAGCAGAUCAAGCCAUGCAAGAAUUCUCCUCUAAAUACUGUGAAAGUUUUUGGCAAGAACAGCAAUCAGUGAAAGAGAAGAAUGCUGAUAUUGUAUCUCACAUAACAAUAUUGAAUGCAGAUGGCAUAUAUUUAGCAUUGUUUUCAGUACUUUUGUUAAAUUUAAAGCUGAUUCGAAAUAAUUAUUAUAAAGAUCCAACUAGCAAUCCACCUUUAACUGAACAACAGUUUAUUGAAGAAGUUCAUGGAAGUGGUGUAUUGGUGUAUCUGUCAGCUACAUGGCUUGCUGAAUUAUAUCAGCAAGUAUUAGCCAUUAAUAUGUUAGAAGAGGCUGGCUAUAAACCAGUAUCAUUGGAAAAUUCUGCUUUAGUGAACCUAUUAUCUGGUGUGCUCUUUGGUACUGAUGAUUGGUCGCAUAACAAUAUUUCAGAUGUAGAUGGAUUAGGAAAUACUUUGCCUGGAGCUCAGCAACUGUCUGACUACAGGCGACUUGAGAGAGCCAUUGUAAAUACUCAAAGCUCGCCCAAAAAGGAAGCAGGAAGAAAGUUUAGCCGAAGAAUUUUAACUUGCUGUUGGGAAACUGUUUUAGAAGUCUUGUCAGUUUUAUUAAAUGGAACUAACUCAUGUGGAAUAUCUAGUACAAUAGGUUUCCUUCUUGGAACAGAAGGAGCUAAAGAAGAACACAGAAAAACAAAAGAUGCUAUAGCUGAAAGUUUGGAUGGACUACAGAGAGCUGCAAAGCUCUGUAAUAUGCUAGGUUUGCAGUCCAGUUGUAGUGCAGUAUUUGCUCAAUUAGCUCUAGCCUCAUGCCCUUUAUCUGAAGAUGUUUUCCCUCAAAUGGCAUGCAAAGCAGAAUAUCGUCAGCAGUUUAAGAAAUCUUUAAUUCCUGGACGAAACAAGGCAUUACGUUUGCAUUGCUGUCAUAUAUUAAGCAUGGAUGUAAUCCUUAGCAGAGGUCUUGAAUUAGGAAGUCAUAGCCCUGAGUGCUGGAAAUAUGUGUUUCAGUGUUGCUUAUUUGUCCUGCAGUUAGAGAAUACUUACUUCAGUGGACAUGGGAAUAUUCAGUCUAUACUUUCACGCCCAGUGCUACCAUCUUUUAAUCAAACAAAUCAGAAUGAAUCUUCUGCAAUGUUAUCAGAUUCUUCUGGAAGUGAGUUAAGUUUAGCAACCAUGCCUGGGUCAUCAGCUCCUCAAAGACUAGAGGUUAGUGAAAUAAUUAAGCAAAAUCGUGGUUUUGCUCACUCAUCUGAUGUAAUCAAAGAUCAACAGUUGCUAGAAGCCAUUGAGGCUCUGUCACAACAAGUCGAUAGGUUAUUUGAAGAGGCUGCUAGCAGAUUAAAUCUUUCAGCUUUGAUUAGUUUUCUGGUUGAAUUAUGUGCUGCAAGCCAAGUGCAACUGUUUACUCAAAAUUACACAAAGUCCACCUCUUCAUGUAAUCAUGGUAGUAACCUUCUUCUCUAUCAUUUGGGUGAUGUAAUGUUGAGAUGUGCCAGAGGAGGCAGGCCAUUGAUACAUGUUAUGAAAGCAUGGAGUGUAGUUGCUCCACAUUUUGUUGAGGCAGCUUGCCAUAAAGACAGUGUAAUUGCGAAGAAAGGUGUAACAACUAUCCAUGAUAUUGUCAGUGCUCUCCUGUCAUCAAAUUCUGAACUCCCACAUUUUCAUUUUAAUGAAGCUCUGUUUAAGCCAUUUGAAAAUCUUCUUUGCCUUGAAUUGUGUGAUGCAGAUGUUCAAGAACAAAUAGUUAGUUCAAUAUGUGAAUUUGUGGAAGGAUGUACAACAGAAAUACGUUCAGGUUGGAGACCUCUAUUUGGAGCCUUGCGUGCUGUUCGAAUUCCAUGUUUGUCUUCCAGCACUACUGAAGCUGGCGUGGAACGAGAACAUAUUCACCAUCUGAGAGUAGUUUUGGAUGUUUUUGAAGCUUUUCUUGGAACAGAUAAUAUUUUUGUAUUUGCAUAUGCUGCUGUAGAUUGCCUUUUGUGUUUACUCAAGCAUGUUAAGGGUCCAACUGAGUUAGAGGAUUUAUCUUCAGAUUUAUCUGAUGAUGUUAACAGCCACAUCGUUCCUUUAGAUAUGUGUUUAGCAGCUUUAAGAUACCUUGAAAGAUGUUCUGCUAUUCUAGCUUCUAUGUAUACAAUGCCAACUUGUCCAGUUUUUAAUUCUGCCAACAGGAUCCAGCUACGUUCUGAACCCAACAUUGUAGAUUUUUUUAUACCUGGAAUGCAACUAGUGCAUUUUGAUGAUCCAAGCAGUAUUUCUAAUGAGUCUGAAGAUAAUAAAAGUGAGACUGCGAUAGGAAAAAUGAUGGAUGUUAAUGUUAUCAAACAAAUUGAAGUUCAAGUUACCCUUCAGAGUCUUGAUAAACACACUGGUAUUAUGCAUGUUUGGUUCCUUCUUCUGGAAGGCUUAGCUGGUGCAUUAGCUACUUGCCCUAAACGAUAUCAAUCACAUACUAUUGAAUCAUUGUUCAACAUGCUGCAACAUCUUAAAGAUGUUCCAGGUAUAUUUUGA